GCCGCCUUGCACCGCGGCCGCCGCCAUGGAAUCCAACAGGGACGAAGCGGAGCGCUGUAUCGGUAUCGCGGUGGCCGCCAUCAAGGCCAACCAAACAGAAAAGGCGCGUCGCUUCCUGGAGAAGGCGCAGCGCCUCUACCCGUCCCAACGGGUCCGCGUACUGAUUGACUCUCUCAUCAAGAAUGAACAGUCCUCUAAUGGCCAUUCCCCGCACAAGGAAUCCACAAACCCCAACCUUAGGAAAAUGAGCGGUGAAUUUCCUUCUGCCAACGGAGAGGCAGGGGGAGAUACCACUAAAGGUUACACUCCGGAUCAGGUAGAUGCAGUUAAGAGGGUAAAACAAUGUAAAGACUAUUAUGAAAUUCUGGGAGUAAGCAGAGACGCCUCUGAUGAGGACCUGAAAAAAGCUUACCGGAAAUUAGCAUUGAAAUUUCACCCCGAUAAGAAUCAUGCACCAGGUGCUACGGAGGCCUUUAAAGCCAUUGGUAACGCUUACGCAGUAUUGAGCAACCCGGAGAAGAGGAAGCAGUAUGACCAGUUCGGAGAGGCAAAAGUCAGCCCCACGCGGCACGGGCACGGCCCUCCGGACUUCCACCGAGGGUUCGAGGCUGACAUUUCCCCCGAGGACCUCUUCAACAUGUUCUUUGGGGGUGGUUUUCCUUCCAGCCCUACCCUUAAUAGAGAGCCCAAAGGAAGAAGAUCCUGGGAGUGCUGCGCCCCUGCCCGCAACAGGAAGCCUCCGAGAGUGGUGGAGUCUGCCUGCAGGGAACGCCGGGGAGAGCCACGUAACGUUCAUGUAUAUAGCAACGGCAGGAUGCGAUAUACCUAUCACCAGAGGCAAGACAGACGAGAACACCAGGGCGAUGGUGGCCUCGGGCUGUUUGUCCAGCUGAUGCCCAUCCUCAUCCUCAUCAUCGUGUCCGCGCUCAGCCAGAUGAUGGUCUCCAGUCCACCGUACAGCCUGAGCCACAGACCGUCUGUCGGCCACAUACACAAGAGAGCGACUGAGCACUUGAAAGUGUCCUACUAUGUAGCUGAGACCUUUGCAGAGGAGUACACUGGCACAAACCUGAAGAACGUGGAGAGGAGCGUGGAAGACGACUACAUUGCAAACCUCAGAAAUAACUGCUGGAAGGAAAAACAACAGAAGGAAGGCUUGCUGUACCGGGCACGUUACUUUGGAGAUUCAGACCUGUAUCAAAGAGCGCAGAAGAUGGGCACGCCAAGCUGCAGCAGACUGUCGGAAGUGCAGGCGUCCUUGCACGGAUAGCUGAUGUGGAAGGGCUCUGUGGAGGUCAAAACUCUUCAAAUGCCUGCAGACUUUGGAGGAAGUGAACUGAGCCAAGGAGACAGUCUAAAGAAUCCGCUCUUAAAUUAAAAAUGGAAUUGGAGAAUUGGCAACGCACAACUGC